UCUAGCAAGUCCGACAGAGGGCAACGAAAUACUAUUGAAUAGUAUUUGGCAAAGAAUAACAAUACUAAUACAUGGAAGGGGCCGGAAUCAUGAACAAGGGUCGUCGACAUUUGCUGUGGUGUCAUUUCGUCUUCUCUCAUCUGCGUUGCGUUGCGCUCCUGUCGAUCUUUGCUGCAGGCUGUGCAAUAUUGGAGCAUGUUGUUCUUGUAGCGGCCGGGGAACAAGGUAGUGAAACAGAGUCAACUGUUGAUUCGGUCGGAGGGAGAAGUAGCUGGGAAGACGAGCCAGGUGAUCAAGGACACGAAGAGCAGCACCGACUUCUGGCUACGCGCCUGACCACCCGUGUGCCUUCGGCCAAGGAGGCGCAAGUCUCCGAGAACAGUCGUCGUGCAGCCGCGAAGCAGAAGGAGCAAGCAGUGAAUUUUUGGAGAGGGGCUGACGAAGAAGAAGCUGGAGCUGGCAGUGUCCUCGCGCAAAUCAAGGAAGACCAGGAGAGGAUUACCAGCGCUGCGCGUGGGGAACUGCAGACCGAGACAGACAAAAGGACGAUGGCGCGCCCGGGGGUUGAUGCUAUCGGCGGAGUUGAGUUGCGCGUCUUGCCACAAAAUCCGCAAGUCGAAGAAGAGAAGACGACCGGCUCUGUGUAUUCCGAGAUUCUUGCAACGAAAACUCCAGAAGAACCGGGAUCGCCUGGACCUGCGUUUCAAUUUCUGGAAGCGAGACUCGUCGGGGAACGUCCGGUCUCGGUAGAGGGCGGACAAGAGGAGCAGCACCUUCUAGUAGAGCAAGAUAUUGAUUAUGCGCCGCCGUCAAACGAUCAUAAAGUCGGCAGCAGCUACACCCAGAAAGUAGAAAAUGCAAACUCAGCGCUUACCGCCGCGGAGGACGGCACUGAAACUGGUCGUGGCCUCGCGUGGCAGCAAAAGGUGCAGCAACUGGAGGACUUAGUAAGCCAACAAGGGGAGGUUCUGCGGGAACAGGGCGAGACGAUUCGGCACCUGCGGAAAGAGCUGGCAACCCAGCAAGUUUUCCAGAACAAGACCGCGGCUCGCAUCGUGAGUGCGGGCGCAGUCAACGAGAUUAUCGAGCAAACCCACGUCGCAUAUACGCUUGCAAACAUGCGCAUGGAUUUCAUCGUCAUGCUGGUGCUGCUUCUCAUUGGCUAUGUGUCUGUGCUGAUAGGCCUGGCCUUACCGACAAGGCUUGUGUUUUUUCCGCCCGGCCUUUACCUCCCGGUCCCGACACCACAGAGCCCAGUUGAAGAUGUCGACCGCAGUGACGAACAACAAACAACGGAUGCAGCAGUGGGCGCGCUCCGCGAGCAGCGCCAGCGACAUUUUCAAAAAUUUAUGCUGUUGCCGCACGCGUUCGCAAUCCAUGGAACUCUGUCGAGUGUCUGCCAGUUUCAAGACAGCAGCGCGGGAAAGAUCUGGACGUCUUGCCUCAUCGUCUACGCUGUGUGUGCGCUACUUUCUCGGUACACGACGGCUGCCGGUCUCUAUCCGUCUUGGUGCGUGGACCCGUUGGGGGCCGGGGAAGACAGUGCUUUCGCGUUCACCCCUCUGUACAAUUUAGCGGGGAUGUCAGCUGCGGAGAUGUUGGCUCGCGUCCUCUGGUUGGUGCUUCCGUGCGUCGGCUUCAUGCUCACGGCAGCUGUGCCCAGCCCCAGCGACGACGCUCUGCGGGCAGCGCAACAGGAAAACACCGAACAAGUGGGACAACUGAUACCUUCUGCUACCGAGGAGGAAGAGGGUAAAAUGCGUGAAACGGAAACCCAUCGCGUACAAGAAUCCGAUGACGCGAUAGAAUACUAUCGUGUGCAAAACACUCGCUGGCAAGUGAUCAUACACACGGUAUGUGCCCCUCUGGCGAUGGCAGUGUUGGUAGCUUUUGAGACCUACGCGUUUGCUUUUGGGGAAAGAAUCUCGUUGACGGUAGCGAUUUUUGGAACGAUCGACGAGCGCCUGGUCGUCGACGACGAGGCACUGCUUAUGUGGGCACAUUAUCAGACGUUUGGUGACAACACGUGCACGCCCGAGGAGCAGUACGUGCGUGUGCAGUGGGCACCAACGCUUUUCCGAUUUCGCGCUCUGUUCCUGCUGUUUUCGUGGAUCUUCUGUGGUGCGUUUGCGAUUGUGGCUGGCUGGUUGAUUGUUUUUCCGCCCGAAAAUCAUCCGCUUUCUCAACAGAAUCGCAGCCGAAGAGCCUCUGCGGCGUCAUCCACUCCGGUGUUCCUGCCGUGUGACGGAAGCGCCAGCCUUCUGAUUCCGAAGAUUGCCUAUUCACUGGAGGUCGCGGCACUCCUGUGCGUGUUGUUCUUGCCGUUCUUUUCCGUCAUGUACAGCCUCUCAUUUCGCUUUGCCCUACCGCGCGGACAAGUUGCGGAAGAUUUCCAGUAUGAAAUGCAAAAAUGUCUGGGUCUGGAAACUUGUGAUGCUAAAAUGUGCACGAUGAAAACACAUCCGAAUGCAGUCCGGCAUGACAACUUCCCAAAACGCUUUCUCAUAGGCAAUCCGCAUGAGAAGUUGCGUUUUUGCAUGACAAAAGAGGCUCGUAUAGUGUUAGCGAGAAGUAAGGAAAGAUAAUAUUGGCGCCCGGGGAUGAACAUGAAGAUAUACUCGCGAUAUUUUUCGCGGUUCUGACCCUAGAUCUCCUGCGGCCGUAGCUGGUUGCGGCGACGGUGCAAAGGUUUUCGAUGUGGUGCAGUCGGGUAUGCAUGACAAAAGAGGCUGCGACUUUUGUUGGUGAUGCAAUACAGAUUUUCUAGGUAUGGAAAGCUAGCAUUACAAGUUCCAACCUUCCAGACCCAGACAUUUUUACAAUCCAUAUCCAGCAAGUCCUGAUCGGCAGCGGUGCAAAUCUCCGGCUCGCUUAUGACGUUUUCUGGACGACGGAGAAAGAAGGAGCCAUGAAUUGGAGGGGGCCCAGCGUUGCGAAUGGCCAGCAAUGGCUGCAGUGCAGGACCAGCUGGGGCACGCACGCAUGGAGGGACCCGUCAGUGUGCCAAUGGGUUUCGGGAUGGAACCAAACCGAGAAUGGGACUAGUUUGUACUUCUGGGAAAAAUAAAGAGGGGCCACGAACUCCUCUGAAGUUAGUUGAAUUUCUUGCAGAGUGUGGCUGAAGAAUAUUUACGAAAGCCACAUCAUACAGCGAACCUUCGCGAAAAGGGGAGAGCAAGGACAAUCGGAAAGAACGCAAUUGAGUCUAAUGGGAAACGCCAUCAAGAAGUCUCGUGGUAUCAAUAUCAAACGGUUUUCUAAACUUUUACUUUUGCUCGAGGUGGACGAAGGGGUUUAGAAGGCUGGCUCCUGUCCUUCCGUUUUAUUUCUAUGUUUUGAUCCACCAUACACAUACUAGCGUCGGGAGAGUGCUUACGACUACAAGCGUAUGUUCUCACUCUUCCCUGCUUUCAUUGAUAUCGCCUUUUCACGACCCGACUAUGAUCUUUAGGUCUUAUGUCGACAAAAGAUCUCAAAUUUUUCUACUGCUAUCGAAUCGCCAAAUCGGAACUCUGCGGAGCAUAGUUUGUUCGCCC